AUGGGCCACCCUAUAUUCCAACAUUUCCCUGAGGAUAUCAUGACUCAGGAUGCAGGACUCGCGGUAGAACAAGCUGUCUUGUACCACAACAUGUGCGUGGAUAGUCUUAGCACUGGCUUGCCCCUCAUCAAGGCUCUUCUUGAACCUUACUGCCAUACUUUAAAGGAACUGAGCGUACGACCGAAAGAUCCCACCAUCCAAGUUGUCAGUACGAACGAGAUCGUCGAUGUCAACCACGCGGUACUAUACAUAAGGCUUUACAGCAAUGAAGAAUUCGUCAUGGACCUGACGGGCGCUCAGUACGGCUGGGCGGAAAAGCUGUAUACUUGGACAGAUUAUGAGCGAUACAGAGGCGAAGUAUGCUAUGUGUUUGACCUCGGGGCCUCCCGGGAAUUCACGACGAGUUUGAUGGAAGGGCACGCCAUCAACUCGGCCCCGCGAUCAGGCUGCGACAUACGUCGCAUAAUAUCUCAAGAGGUUGCCCAGGACAUCACGAAUUACCUCAAAGAUUGCGCCAAAAGUGUCGAUCAGUUUAUGGGCUUAGAGAAUAUAGAGCAACAACGCGACCUUACUAUGAGAGCCAAAGAAACUAUCACCAAGUCGAUCGAAGAUCUGGUGAUUCGAUCUGGAGUAGGCAGGAUGUGCCUACUGUUCGAAGAUGGCAUUUCUACUCCAGUCGUCGUUCGAAGCGAAGAGCUCGCUAGAAAGUUGAUAAGCGUCUGGUUCACCCAAGAAGAGGUUCAAGCGUGCCAAGGGCAGUUUGAAGCACUUCAACUUGAGAUGCAACAUCGACUUCAUGAGGAGGAGGUCUAG